CGUCUCUCCAUUACAGUUUGCAACGGCAAAAGUCGGCGUUUGAAGCCAGUUUGAAGGAGAGUCGGCGAGUCAAACCGCUACCACUAUAAUUAUUUUGGAAAAAAUCAUUCAAAGAAGACGCCAACGAUAUUUCAAGUUGACAAUAAAUGAUCCUUUGUAAAAAACCACAGUGAAAAAUGUUCAAUUCCAAGAGUUCGGUGGAUCGUCACGUUCAGGAGUUGUUUCGGAAAGUGACGGAGGAGAAGGAGCGUAAUCUUCGAUGCUACAACAUUGCAAAGCUCUACUACCAAGUGGGCGAUUACGAAUCAGCCCGGAGAUAUGUCUUCAGUUAUCUAGAAGUAAAAAGUGAAUCAAGUGGUGCCCACAAACUGUUGGGUCAGAUCUACGAGGCCCUGGGGCAGAAGGAAGCUGCCCUUGCUGAAUUCAAGCAAUCCCUUGAACUGGAGGCACGUCAAGACGAUCUCGUCCUGAAGGUCUGUGAAUUAUUAUCUGAGAUGGAGAUUGGCUUGGACGUUAACAGAAUAAAAUACUGGGUGGACAGAGCGAGUGAAAAAUUCUCCCACAAUCCAGUUGUUUUCCAACUAAAAGAGAAGAUGCUCAUGGCAGACAGACCCAACGGGGCUGAUGGCGACCUGGAAGCCCUCAUUGCUUCGGAGUUGUCGGCACGUCCCUCAGAUGUAAACCUUAGGGUGAAGCUCUUGAACCACUACCUCUCAAAAAACCAUCUGGAUGAGGCGUACAAGCACGCCCUAGAGGUGGAGUCGACUUACGUCCACCGAGACAGUCUCGUCUGGUACGAGACACUCUGCACAGUCUUUACGAAAUUCAAGGAGCAACGUCAGCCAAAAUCCUCCUUCUGGAUUCCUUACAUUUCGUCCUUAGAGCGUUAUGCAGCCCUGGCACUGAGAGAGCAUGGAACACCUGUGAAAACCACUCAGGAGUCAGCAGCGGCUGUCUUCAAUCUUGACCAGGCCCUCACCCUAGCUAAACUCCAGAAUUUCCAGACUAGCGCUUCGUUCAUCGAUCAGAUGUUUACCCAUAUGUUCGGACAACUCAACUACCACAUGGCAUGCCUCCUCAUUCGUAGAACUAAAAGGGAGCAGGGCAGUUGGAACGAGACUGGGCGACUCUGCAGUCCACUUCUGUUGUCGGCCAUUCAUUCACCACCUCUGGACCACACCGGGCCCUCCAUUGUUUCUAUGAAGGAUCCCAGCAAGUCUCUGGCUCAUAUUUGGCAUCGAGAGGGCGCCUAUCGAGUCUCACAAGCAUCACAUGUACUUCAAGACUACUCUAGAGAGGAUGCUAAACGCUUGCUUGAUAAAGUCGACAAGUUCUGUAUAGGUUCCUGGAGGGAGCGCAUCUACCAACGAAUAUUCACCUCAAAUCCCCACAUAGCAAUGAUGUCGACCUCUUACUUUGCCAAUAAUAACUCAUCGCCUCCACCCCUCCGUCUCCUGGUUUCGUCAGACGUUAAAAAAUGGGACGAAGUUUCGGAAGAGGUAUACCCCUCAUCACUCCACCACCACGUAUGGCUUGGACUAGCGAACAAGCCUCAUUCGCGUAGAAAUAUGGAGAUGACAGCACUCUACCCCAACCAGACCUGCCACAUCUUCCCAGACCUCCAGUUCUCCGCUUACAACCUGAACCAAGCAGUCCCAGACAGUUUAGGACGCUUGGACAUUGACGCCUUCCUCAAUGCCACAAUUCUCUGCUCAUCCGUAAUCGUCCAAGAGCAGCAGAAGAGCGGCUUUCUGAACAGAGAUCGAAUGCCAACGCUACCAGCAGAUACGACGAAUUUACUGUGCAGUGGGAAUCAGGAAAAAUGGUGGACAUCAGUGUGGCGAAUGUAUAAGAAGCCUGACAGCAUCUCUGGUGAUUUAAUGGAGCUUCGUCAGGAGAUCCAGAGGGGCCUGGAGGUGAUCAGGUGCAUUGGAAACCACGGACUGCACGUCAACAUUAUCAUCCACCUGGCAAGGAUGUUUCAGUAUCGAGCAAAGGAGCUGCACACGAAGGACAAAUUUCACCCGGAUAUUCCCAUGUUGGAGGCCAGAUCGGAGCUGUACUGGGAGACGUCGGUGCCCCUGGUAGAGCGCCUCAUCAACAACCAGACGAUCCGGUCUACCAGCACUAAAAUCUUUGAUUAUCAGGGAAAGGAUAUGAACAAUUUGGAGUUGAGUAAUGCCCUUGAGGAGGGUAGAUUGGUGGUGGCUAAAAGACUGUUGCGUGAGAAGCGUCAGGAGCAGGCAAUGGAUGUUCUUCAGGCCCUUAAGUGCCCUGAGGCGUCUUAUCUGCAGGCAGAGAUCUACAAGACCUUGGCUAAUGAUCUGAUUGGGUCCCUUCCGAAGGAGAGUUUAACAUCUGCAAUCAGAUCUCAGCACGUUGUGCUACUGGCUAAAGCCAGAGAUUGCUACUACCUAACGUUGGAUAGAUUGAGAACACCAGGAGUGAAUCCUCAUCACCCUCUCAACUCAGAGCUAGGCACCAAGAUCUCGAGUAUUGAGAAUGAUCUUAAGAGGAUCGAUCCAGACUUGCAUAGAAAUGAUUUAAAUCGACAUGAUUGUGAUGUACUAUCAGAGGACAGUUAUUCAUCAGCACAGAGUGGAGCUGAUCAACCAAUAAUGAAUUCUUUGAACCACGGAGGAACUAUCAACACCCCCCAGAGGCACAGCCAGAGGACUCCCAAGCAGUCUAGCACACCUAGGCAUCAGCAUCACGAUAUUCUGGAGCAUUCACGUUCGAGAAUUCAGUGGGAGGCUCGUCCUAGUCCCGAGAGACUUGACGCCCAAAUUAGGCAGCUAGUGUACGCAAAAGACCACGUGUCCCAGACGAUUCUCGAGCAAAAUAAGUCCAUCCUGGAGAGUAUCAAAAGCCUGGUGGACUCCAAUAAACAGCUAAAGGAAAUGAUCGAACAAUUGAAACGAGAGUUUUCUGAUUUUCGUAAAGAGAGUCACAGCAAUCCGAAGAAAACUACAAGGUCGACAAUUCCUGAGGAUGAUUACUAUGCGGUCGAAGGUGACUAUUCAGACAUGAAUUACACUCAACCAGUUGGAAAUAUUCCACCAGCGGCUCCAGUACCUCUAACACCCCAUCAAAUUCCAGGGAAUUUAUUUGCAAAUCACAGACACUAUUCACCACUUGUUUAUCCAACUCCAGGACUACCAGGGUAUUAUCAGGGUGGAUUGCCCUUCAACGAUCAGAGUCAUCAUCUACCGAAUAUGUAUCCAAGCGUUUACCCAAUGGGAUCGUACCCACGACCUCCAGUCGAUCAGAACUUGGGUAUUCAGCCGGGAAUGUUUCAGCAAGGUCUCUUCCAGAAUCGAUUGAUGGAUAUCGUCUCACCCCAGACUGUUCAGGGCCCUCCUCUCACCAUGCAGCUCCAGAACUUGGAUUUGUCGAGGGUAGAUCCGGCCCCCCAACAGUUCCCAGUCAUCAAGGAUGCUCCUGUGAACAAGGUGCCUCCAACGAACGUCGUCAUCACGACAUCAGACACUCUUCCAACAUCAGCGCCGCCAGUUCAGCCAAUUCUCAGUGUCAACAUUCCCCCUCAGCACAGAAACGUCGGUAUCUCCAGCGUUUCGACAUUGGCUACUAGCAGUGGCAAUCAAUCAACUCCACACAACUACCAGAUCUCCAUGCCCUCACACGCCAAUAUCCCGACGACUGUUAAUCUCCCACCACUUGCAGCAUCAGUCACCAAUACCAUAGCAGCUGUCUCCAUACAGGAAAAGUCCAAAAAUACGAGUAUCUUAUCAACAGGCUCCCACAAUUCAUCGAUCGAAGCCGUUGAAGUCGAGCAUGAUCCUAUCCCUGACUUCCAGCCAGUCAUUCCUCUUCCUGCUGAGGUAAAGGUCACCACUGGAGAGGAGAACGAGGACACUUUAUUCGUUGCACGUGCUAAAUUGUUCAGAUUCGUGGAAAAGGAGUGGAAAGAACGAGGUGUUGGCAAUGUCAAAUUGCUGAAGAAUAAAGAAGGAAAGGUUAGGCUGCUAAUGAGACGAGAUCAAGUUCUGAAGAUCUGCGCCAAUCACAUGCUGACACCUGAGAUGGAGCUAUCACAGAUGCCCAAUAACGAUAGAGCGUGGAUAUGGGUGGCAAAUGAUUUUGCUGAUGAGGAGGUGCGGUUAGAGAAGCUCUGCAUCAAGUUCAAGACGGCUGAGGAGGCACAGGACUUCAAAAAGAGCUUCGACAACGCCAAGACGACCAUGACAGUGGCAGUUAAACCAGCUCCACUGGUUGUUGGUGGAUUUUCAUUCACGAAGACUCCAGUCAUCCAGCAGACAUCUGUCGAGGAGCCGAAAACCCCGAAGCAGAGUGAGCAACCAGCCAAGCCCAGCCCCUUCGCUGGGUUCUCUUUUUCCAAGUCCCAAUCACCAACGACACCAAGCGGAUUUUCCUUCGGUAAGACUGACACUAAGCCAUCACCUCUGGCGUCUAGUUCUUUGUUAUCAGGUCAGACUAGUGAUUCGAAGCCCGUAGAGAUUACUGAGGUGUCUGGACAAAUCACUGGAGACAAUGUGGUGAUUCUCUUUGAUAAGUCAGCUGUUAUCCUUCGAUGCAGUAAAGACGGUCAAUGCAAGGAGCGCGCUGUUGGUCUCUUGAACCUCGUCUUGGAGCCUAAUACUGGAAAUUUGAAAAUUACGAUGACAACGCCUGAUAAAAAGAUGGUCUUUCCACCCAGCAUCUCCCUGGAACCCACGCAGUUUGGAGGUAAUCCAAACAUUGUGAAUUGGACAUCCCAAGAGUCCUCUAUAACAGGAAAGCAAGAAUGCUACUCACUAUCCUUGCCGGAAGUCGCCGACGCCUCUCAAUUCCGGGAUAUUCUCUCGGGUCUUCAGAAAAUAAUCACUGACGACAGGAUUCCUCAACAGAAUAUCUCUCGUAUCGAUAAGACUGUGAAGGUCAGCCUGCAGAAGAUCCAGCCAUCGUUGGCAGAAAUGUUCAAGCCAGCUGCUGGCUCCUGGGAAUGUUCUUCGUGCUACACCAGGAAUGCUCCAACAGCUUCAAGCUGCAUAUCCUGUGCGGCGCCGUCCGGAAAAUCUGAGAAACCAGCACCAUUAUCAUCAGUGCCCCUGUCUGAGUUGUUCAAGCCAGCGCCAGAUUCCUGGGAGUGCAUGAGCUGCUAUACGAGGAAUACCAAGUCUGAUCAGUACUGCGUGGCUUGUGAAGCUCCCAGCGAUCCGUCCCUACCUCCAAAGACCAAAACUGGUGGGUUUGGGCUGGCUCCAACUGCAUUAACACCAGCAUUCACGUUUGGAAUACCUCCAACGAAGGAUAAGAAGGAGACUGUGGCAGCUCCUAGCUUCCAAUUCGGUGCAUUCACCUUCGAAUCUCCGAAAGUGGAGGACAAGACCUCGAGCGAAACCAAGAUUUUCCCAUCAUUCCAAUCUAAGCCACAGGACUUCAUCUUCAGCACUCAGAGUGUUGAAACUCCAUCAAAAAGCUCCUUCACAUUUGGCUCCCCUGGGAAAUCUUUUGAUUUCCAGUUUCCAGGUAAGUCCCCUGUCAAGUCACCAGGGGGUGACGUGAGUGAAGACGAGGUACCAGAGAGUGAAGACGUCUACUUCGCGCCAGUGAUUCCCCUCCCGGAGAAGAUCGAGGUAAAGACCGGAGAGGAAGACGAAGAAAUACUGUACACCCACCGUGCCAAACUCUUCAGAUUUGAUGGAAAUACGAAGGAGUGGAAGGAGCGAGGACUAGGUGAUAUCAAAUUGCUGAAGCACAAGGAGACCAACAAACUGAGGCUGGUGAUGAGGCGAGAGCAGACACUUAAAUUGUGCCUCAAUCAUCUAGUAUCUAGUGAUGUAGAAUUGACUCCGAAGGGCGACAAUACCUGGAUAUGGAAUGCUGCUGAUUACAGUGAUAACGAGAUUGAAUACGUCCAGUUGGCUUGCAGAUUUAAGACCUCUGACAUAGCUCAGCAGUUCAAGACGGCUGUUGAGGAGGCUGUGGCUGGAGAGAGUACGAAGGACGAGUGCCCGAAGAUGUCGAAAUCCUCUAGUGUUGGCUCAGCCCAAGAUAUUCAAGUUGUUUAUGAGUUGAAGGUUACUGAUGAGGAGAAGGAUGCUGCCUUGAAGCUCCAGCUGCCGGAGAAUUUCUAUGCUUACAAGCAGAAGGAGGACUGCCCUGGUUGUCUUGGUUGCAAGGAGCCUGAUGUCCCUCUGUUCGAUGCCCAGAAUAAGGCAGAUUCAAAGGAUGAUGAAGCCUCUGAAACUACUCCUACUAGCCCAAUGUCCAUUAAAUUAGCUGCCCCGAAACUGACGCCCCUUCAGCGCUCCGCUGAUGAGACCACCUCUCCCACGAGCUCCACAACAUCCAAAGACUCAAAGAUGUCUCCCUUCAGCUCCACUGGAAUAGUUCCAGUCAGUUUCAGCAAUAAGCCUCCAUUCGUCUUCGGACAGAAGCCAAAACUGGAAGAUCUUGAAAACGUUGGUAUCUGCACUCCCGACAAUAUCCUCACAUCAGUAUACUUUGGAAAAUCCAGUUCCACGAACACAGGACCCAUCUUUGGGGAUCAGCCACCAAUAUUCGGUUCGACAGUUCAAUCGAAGACCAUGUUUGGUGGCUCUGGGAAGAUUGAUUCCCCUGGAUUUAGCAGCGGCUUCGCCAGCACCUUUGGUAAGCCUCAAAUUCCAGAACCCGUUUUCGGGACUGUCUCCCAGGACACCCCAAUGUCUUUCUCAAAUCCCUCUGAAUCCAAAUCGAUAUUUGCUGGAACAAAUUCAUCAGCAUCUUUGAAAACCAUCAACGACACUAGUAAAGUCUUCGGCUCAGACAGUCCCUUUGGUUCAAAGCUCUCCUUCGAUAGUCUGAUCAACUCCAAUGCUUCCACCCCCUUUACGAACCCGUUUGGAACCUCAAAGCCACCAGAGAAUCCUUCCCAAACAAUUCUAGAUAAAGAUUCAAAAAAGAACGAAGUGAAUUUCUUGAAGUCUGACAACACCGUGACCUUCAGCGCCCUAGCAGCCACUACUACGCAGAAUGCCUUCAAGAUGGAUCCCCUUUUCUCAUUCGCCGGAGCUGGACAAUCGGUAUUCGGGUCCAAGACACCCAACUCGAGUAUGGCUGUCUCCAGUGCCAACAGCAGUAUCUCUGGUGUUGAUCAGAAGAAGAAAGUUGAGGAGGAUGAGGAAGAGAAUCCUAGUAACGAUGGACAAGAAUACGACCCCCACUAUGAGCCCAUCAUUCCCCUGCCGGAUGCUAUCGAAGUGAAAACUGGUGAAGAAGAAGAGGAGAAAAUCUUCGGGCAGAGAGCAAAGCUCUACAGGUACGAGUCAGAGUUGAAGGAGUGGAAGGAGCGAGGAACAGGGGAAAUGAAGGUUCUCCAUCACGCUGGACAGGGGACCUAUCGUCUGCUCCUUCGUCGCGAGCAGGUCCACAAGGUUGUUUGCAAUUUUUUGAUAACGCCUGAUCUCGAGCUACAGCCAUUGUGCACCUCUGAUCGUGCUUGGGUCUGGGCUGGGAUGAAUUUUGUUGAGGAGACACUGGCUGUUGAGAAGCUCGCUGUGAAAUUUAAAAAUCCUGAGAUUGCUGACCAGUUCAAGGUCGUUGUGGAGAAGGCCCAGGAGGAGUUGAGGGCCAGGGGCAUCAGCCAACCACAGAUUGAUGAGCAUGAAGAACAGGGGGAGGAGGGCGAGGACGACGAGGAUAUCCAUUCGUUGAUGUACGAGAACGAGGCAAGUCUUAUGUUCAUGGACGAAGGUAAUGCUGAGUGGAGGAGUGUUGGAACGGGUCAGGUGAAUAUGGUUUAUGAUUCUGAGGUCUACGGCGUGAGAAUUAUAUUCGAGACGAUGCCUGGCCACACCGUAUGCAGUAGUCUUAUCAGCAUGGAGACUGAAAUGGAGCUCGUUGGAGACACCUGCACCUGGACGGCUCUCGACGAUGCUUUUGAUCCUCCAGCGAGGAGGUCCUACAGACUGAAGUUUAUCACUGAGGACGAGGCUCAGGACUUUGCGAUGAACUUUAGCGAAGGCCAGGAGUGCGCCAGGAAGGCGGGGAUCAGCGAGGCUGCCUAUUAUGAGGAGAAUGAGGAGAAUGAUGAGAAUGAUGAGAAUGAUGAGGAGGAGUGAUGGAGGGGAGGAACUAUCAAUCACUAGGUAAUUUUUAUUGAUUAGUUGUAUUGUUAGGACGAGUUAUUUUUAAGGAUUUGGGAGUGAUGUGAUUGGAGUAGAUGGGUUUUUGAACUUUGGAGGUGGUGAUGAUACAGCAGGUGAUUUUCAGGGAAUUUCUUUUUAUUUUUUUUUUAUUGUGAAAAUUACGAACGAAUAUCUGUCGUUAUUCAUUCUUCAAUUAUUCAUAACAGAUGUGGAGAGAGGUUUGAAAAUUGAAGAAUCUAUGUAGACUGUAACGGAAUAUAAGAUUAAUAAUAAAGAAUUAUGAAUCAGUGAAA